GAUGCCCCGGACAUUCUUCAAAAGACCAUCAUUCGGAAGCCUGACCCCGGAAAAGAAAGGCUACCAGAGCCCCCCACGUUUAUCAUCACAAUCGUCCCCGCUCACUAACCCGCCGUCGUCUUUUAUCGGUCUCGCCUCGGAGCCUUCAAAUGAACCAGAUACCACACCCAAGCCACCUAUAUUCCACGAUGAGGUGGAAGAAAUCUCAAAACUUACCCCGUCAGAACAUACCCCAACCCCUACUACAUCAGAGCAAAACUCUCAAAGUUUCGCAUGUACAGACGAAGCCCCGCCGUCUUCGCUGAGUGCGAGUUCUCAAACAACCCAGCGCAUAAUCAAAGGCGGCAAAGAAGUGGUCAUCAGCUCCGAUGGAGAAGAUACAGAUUCCGAUAGCUCGCUAGGUGAAGAUCCGGUGUCGCUCUUUAAGCGCAAGUUCAAACCCACUGCGAAAACGACCGCGCCUAAAGCUGUUUCUCCUCCGCCAAAACUAAUAUCGACAAUCCCAAAGAAGUAUAAAAAUACACUUGAUUCGCUGGUUUACGAGGCUGUGGACGAUAAUGAGACGGAUGAGACUGUUGCUAAAUUGAAGGCUCGUUUUGCGAAAGCGCCACAGAAUGGCGUGCAACAGGGAACUGUCGGCUUCCACGAAGAGAUGCUGACGUCUGUCCUGGGAGAGGACAAGGAAGGAGAAGAGGGCGGUGGCGUCCGACGAUUAAUAGACGCUGUUCGAAGAACCGAGGCGCUGGAUCAAGAUAAGACUUGGCGAUUCCUAGAUCAAACUCAGACGAAACCGAUCGUGGAGGAAUUUCCCAAAGAUCUAUUCCCCCCAAAUCAAAAUUGGCGGCUAUGCGUGGUGGGAUUGGAAUCUCGCGAGCGUUUUUUUCAAUCUGGAAUCUUGGAGGUCGCCGCAUCGUUCCCGUCGCAGUCGAAAUUUCUGUCCGAUAAGUUUAUAUUGUGGCUGUUCCAUGCUGUACCCCUUGAGCCUCGGGAAGAGUUAAGGCAAGCUUAUUGUCGAAUCAUCAUGCAAUCUACGCUUCUAAAAUCCGUCCUGCGGCCAAGUGUUAUAGAUGACCUCUUUAAACAAUUGGGGGCGAGUCCUCAAGCUCUGGAUUUUUCCAAGCCGAUUGAAGAAGGCAACAAAAAUCACAAGGAAUCGUCAUUGACGAAUCGAGGGGGUCUACUGUCUAUCUUCGACUUGCUGCGGGAUGCUGCUCAACUACUAGACAACGACACAACGAACCGUGCAAUCCAAACACUACUGCGCAUGACAUUAGACAACUCCUUAACAUCUGACGACAUUAUUCGCUCGGAGCUUCAAAGUUGCCUCAGUACUUUGUUGGAAUCUGUGCCGUAUGAUUAUACGGAGGACAUGGAACGUCAAAUUUGCACAACUGUGUACGACACAUUCCUCGACGUGCAGUUUCAAAGCCGCAUGCUGCAACAUAUCCUACCUACUGCCCCAUGGAUCUCGAUGUUGCGAUACCGUCUUGCCAUGGCAUUUCUACUUAGAAGCCGAGACCCAUUAACAGAAUCCGUCCAGGAUGUCCUGAACUUGGAUCGUCUGUCCGAUUUCUUAAUUAGCGACGAGCGUCUUAGAGUCAAAUCAUUCAACAAAAAGUCCGAUUAUGCAUAUAGCGAGUUAACUGCCAUAUCUAUGCUUCUUGAUAUUGUGCUCAACAAUUCUCUAUACGACUUGAAGGACCGGGAGGCCAUCACAGAGGCAGAAUUCAACGCAGCCAUCGAUAAAAUUGCAGCGCAGAUUAAGAAGAUUUUCAGUUCGAUUGAAGAUUCAGGUGCAGCUCACCUUAAGCGGAUGUUAGCCAAACAGGCCUUGGAGACAGUGCACUACCGUGUGGUAUACUCAGUUCGCACCAAACCGCCACCCCCCAAAGUACCGUACGAGGCAACGACCCGGAAGGAUGGACAUCUCGGGAAAUGGUUUAAGCCGCAAGUCCACGACAGUACUCCUGAGGAAGACAGGCCUAGCACACCCCGGAAGCAUGAAGACCUCGGGAAAUGGUUUAAAUCACAGACUCCCGCCAAAGUUCCAGACGAAAGACCCAUCACGGAUAGUCCAGGUACUGUGAUACCUAUUCGAAAUCACGGCUCGCCUUGA